AUGAUAGAAGAACCAAUCUACAAUCGGUUUUCACGACAUUUACUGCAAACUGCCUACUCAAAUCAUUAUGAAAAUUAUGCAGUUUGCCCGGUUGGUGUGCUAUUUGUUCUUACCACGCUUCUGGGAUCGAAUGGAAUUCGACAAAAUACUGCUAGACAGGUGAAAUACGCGCUGAAAAUACAACGAAAUGAAAAUUCUUCAGCAAGACAAAGAGCGAAAAAUUUGUAUCUUUUUUGA